GCAGGAGUGGUGGCGCUGUUGGCGUUUUGAACACAACACCGCAAAAGAAGAAGUAGAUGCUAAUCCGAGGUUAGCUCGUGGCUCGUAAACACAUAAACAAACCUGCUUGUUUCCAUCCGGAGGUGCAGCUGCAGCGGGCCUCCUCUCUGUCUGACCCAGCAGGAGCAACAUGUCGGCGGAUACGAAGAUCGCCGAGCUGCUGACUGAGCUCCACCAGCUCAUCAAACAGACUCAGGAGGAGAGGUCACGCAGCGAACACAAUCUGCUGAACAUCCAGAAGACCCACGAGAGGAUGCAGACGGAGAACAAGACCUCUCCAUACUACCGCACCAAGCUCAGGGGCCUGUACACCACGGCCAAGGCCGAUGCAGAGGCUGAGUGCAGCAUCCUGCGUCACGCUCUGGAUAAGAUCGCUGAGAUCAAGUCUCUGCUGGAGGAGCGGCGGAUCGCUGCUAAGAUGGCUGGAGUUUACAGCGACAGCGACCCCCCCAGGAAGACCAUGAGGCGCGGCGUCCUGAUGACGCUGCUGCAGCAGUCGGCCAUGACGCUUCCGCUGUGGAUCGGCAAACCUGGAGAGAGCCCCCCUCCUCUGUGCGGCGCGAUCCCGGCCAGCAGUGACUACGUGGCCAAGCAGGGCGACAAGGUGGCGGCGCGGGUGAAGGCCGUGGAUGGAGACGAGCAGUGGAUCCUGGCAGAGGUGGUCAGCUACAACCACUCCACCAACAAGUAUGAAGUGGACGACAUCGAUGAAGAAGGAAAAGACAGGAGGCACACGCUGAGCCGGCGGAGGAUCAUCCCGCUGCCUCAGUGGAAGGCCAACCCGGAGACGGACCCGGAGGCGCUGUUCAGCAAGGACCAGCUGGUUCUGGCCCUCUACCCACAGACCACCUGCUUCUACCGCGCCCUGAUCCACGCGCCGCCGCACAGGCCGCAGGACGACUACUCGGUUCUGUUCGAGGACACGUCGUACGCCGACGGAUACUCCCCGCCGCUCAACGUGGCGCAGCGCUACGUGGUGGCCUGCAAGGAGAACAAGAAGAAGUGAGGCUGCAGGCGACUGAACGUGGAGCGUCACCUGCUGGCCAGAGCAGGAACUGCAGGGCAGAGUGUCCUGAUGAAACUUUGUCCUCAUGUCUGCAGUGAAGCUUUCUGAUGUUUUCAUAUUAAACACUUUAAAUCAAUAAUUUCAUCAGGAGGUCGUCUCUACAGGAGCUGCUCCUUACGUUUGUUUUCAUGUUAGUAUUUCCGAUGAUUCACUUUUGUACAUAAUACCAACAGAAGAAGAUUCUGAAUAAAAUUUAUUACUAAUUGUUUUGCUGA